AUGGCGGCGCUGUGCCGGUCGGCUUCGUUACAGAAUAGUCCUUUUAUCAUUUUUAAUUUUUUUAAAAAAUGCCCACCGACUCCUGGAUUCAAGACAUUUGCUGACGAGUGGAAGGCCAUGUGUUCCGUUGUUUUUAAAUACUCCAACGAUAUUUUGUCCGCCCAGCUUCACGAAAAUCUGGAUUCGAAAGGUAAAUAUAAAAUUAUUACUUACCACGAGUUUAGUCGCCGUGGUUAUAACAGUACUGAAGACCCUCCUCUAUCAACACCAGACUGGGGUAAUAUGCUGCAUGGGGCAUACAACGUAGGACAAGAAUUUCACAAAGGAGAGUAUCGGGAGUUGUCAACAAUACACGGUGUACAAUUUGCUCCAACUAUACCUCAGAGUGACAAGUCAGUCUUUAUCAUAGCAUCAUACAGGGCUUCAGAAGAAAUUGCUCUGAAAAACAUUGAAGAGAGAUGGCAGGAGUGGUCAGUGUUAAGAUUCAUAGACCACAGAGCUGGACAUGAUUUGGGAAUGCACAAUUUAGGGAUUUAUAAACGCUUCAGUCGCACUGGCAUUUUUACUUACAUUAUCCGAGGGGAGUUCACUGGUUUGAACGGUGAUAUUACUGCAGGAUGGGAUUUAGUCAAUAAAGUUCGCAGUGCACGGAUGCCGCAUGGACUAGUUUUCGAUGACAUUUCUUUGUAUCGUAUUCGCCCAAGCAAUAUUAUACAGUUAACUGAUAUUUUUAUUUGA